GGGUUUUUGCAUUGUUUAUUCUCUUACUGUGUUGAGUUGCAUUGGGAAACCAAAAAAAAAAAACCAUUUAUGUGGAAGUCUUAAGAUGUUAGGGAUUUAAAAGGUGUUGUAGAGUGAAAUUGGAAUGUUAAAAAAGAGAUCUUGGAGGGUGGAAGAAAUGGUGUUUGGGAUAUAAAAUGGUUGUGUUUAUGUGAAAAUGAGUCGUGGGAGAGCUAGCCGAAACUCCGGGUAAAUUUGUGGUCAAAAGAAAUGUAGAAAAAUAGAUAUUUGGGAUGUAAACUUAUUGUCUGUGGAAAACAAAGUUGGGAUGUGAAACUGAGAUGAGAAUUGAUGAUAAACUUUACUGCUGAUGUUUAAGGAUUGAUGAUACACAUGAGGUGUUCUUGUUGAUUUGUGAUCUGUCUGUGAGAAGAAUUGUAUUAGCAUCUGUAAUUCCCUGCAUUUGGAAGAGGAUUCCCUAAUAGCUACUUGAAAGUCCAAUUCUUCUUUUCUUGUUAAUGAUUCUUGCAUGUUGCCACUUUGGGAAGAUAGUGAUUUGCGUUCUGUUUUCCAGAGAAUACGUCACCGUUGAAAUAUGAGCUGCUUCAGCUGUUGUGGGGAAGACGAUAUCCAUAAACAACCCGACGCUGGAGGCCAGUUUAUGGUUAAACAUUCUGCUGGAAAUGACGGUGGUUAUCAUACCACCGAGGCUGCAUCCAAGGCUGCACAUGCCGUGAAAGUCCAGCCCAUUGCUGUGCCUGCCAUUCCUGUGGAUGAACUGAGAGAAGUAACUGACAACUUUGGAACAAAUUCUUUAAUUGGUGAGGGUUCGUACGGAAGAGUCUAUUAUGGAACUCUUAAAAGUGGACAAGCUGCUGCUAUUAAAAAGCUAGACUCAAGCAAGCAACCUGAUGACGAAUUCUUGGCGCAGGUUUCUAUGGUGUCGAGGCUGAAGCAUGAGAAUUUUGUUGAAUUGCUUGGUUAUUGUGUUGAUGGAAAUCAACGUGUACUUGCCUAUGAAUUUGCAUCAAAUGGAUCUCUUCACGAUAUUCUUCAUGGAAGGAAAGGUGUUAAGGGAGCCCAACCUGGUCCUGUUCUUUCCUGGGCACAGCGGGUGAAGAUUGCAGUCGGAGCUGCAAAAGGGCUUGAGUAUCUGCACGAAAAGGCCAGUCCACACAUCAUUCAUCGUGAUAUCAAAUCCAGCAACGUACUGAUCUUCGAUGAUGAUGUUGCUAAAAUUGCUGACUUUGAUUUAUCAAAUCAAGCUCCCGAUAUGGCAGCUCGUCUUCACUCCACUCGUGUACUUGGAACUUUUGGAUAUCAUGCUCCAGAAUAUGCAAUGACGGGACAGCUAAACGCGAAAAGUGAUGUGUACAGCUUUGGCGUUGUCCUUCUGGAGCUCCUUACGGGACGUAAGCCUGUAGAUCACACACUGCCGCGUGGUCAACAGAGUCUCGUGACAUGGGCUACACCUAAACUUAGUGAAGACAAGGUUAGACAAUGUGUCGACGCAAAACUCGGGACAGAUUACCCUCCAAAGGCAGUUGCGAAGAUGGCAGCCGUAGCUGCCCUGUGUGUGCAAUAUGAAGCUGAUUUUCGGCCUAAUAUGAGCAUUGUAGUCAAAGCCCUGCAGCCACUACUAAACACGAGGCCUGGAAACGCUGGGGAAGCAGGUCAAACAUAA